CGCCACUAUCUACCACCUUUCCUUGUAUUACUAUCAUUUCGCCUAAUUUUUUAUCAGCCGUUUUAUUCUUCCAGUUUUCAAACAAGACUAGUUAACGCGCGCUUAGCAUCUAUCUCCUGCGGCUAUCGCAAAGGACGGCCAUGGCCGCGCCAGACAACCGACCUCUUCCUGUCCGCCUGCUCACAACAGAGUCCACGGCCAGUCGCGCCUCAGUAGACUCGGUUCCGGUGCUUGGAGUACAUCCUCUGGGAUCACUACAGGUGCAUAAGGUAGAAACACCGACAGACGAUGGACCGCCGCCGUUGAUGGAAGAGGGUGAGGACGAGAUGCCGGGCCUAGAAGGCACCAUUCAUAUGAGCCAUGAGCUUGGCGGGGGCGACGUCGUGCUCGUCCUGGAUCUCCCUGAAGUCUUCACUGUCGGCUACGAUGCCGUAUCAUUCACAGCAAAGCACUUUGGCGGCGUACGAGACGUUCCGUCCGGCCCGCACCUCUUCUGGGUUUCUCAUCCAAGCGGCAUGUCUGCGCGCUGUGGCUUCUGGAUCGAGAGCACCUCCUCACACAAAGUCCACGUCCUGCAGUGGGACAGCUUCAAUGAAGUUUUAGCAGAAGCAGGAUUUGCCGAAGCCCGGAUCCAGCGCGAUAACCUCGCCAAGUUCCACCAGAAGCUUAUAUCCUACGAAGACCCGUCCGCGAGCGGAGAGGUCAAGACGGCGGCCAACAUUGAUAUCUGGCGCCAACUCACGGGGAGUAUAGGAGCGAGUGUGCUCCGACGGAUUGGCGGUGCAGACGGCACAGUCCUGGUACAUACGGGAGAUAAAGCGCGCGGUGCGGUGCUGCUUGCUGGCGAGAUGGAGCUCGAGAGGCGCUUCUCGGCGGGCGCUGGGCGAGAGCUUGGUUUUAGCUUUGAUCAGCGUGGCAAGACGUACUCUGCGGCGAGGUUUGGCGCGGAGAGAUCAGAGGAGGCAAAGGAUGCUACGGCGUAUAUUCUGGCUGUGAUGGAGGAGGCAGGGCUCUCGGAUGCAGAUGUGGUGGGCGAGAUGCAGUUUGCGUACAUGACAGGUGUGCAUCUGGGGAAUGAGUCGUGUAUUCAGCAGUGGUGGCAUAUGCUGCUGAAGCUCAUUCUGAAGGCGUAUGGACUGAUAGUGCGCAAGCCGCUGUUGGUUGCGGCGCUGCUGAGGACACUCGCGGCGCAGAUUGCGUAUGACCAGGAUUGGCUGGACUCGUCGAUUCUGCAGGCCACGGGAGACUCGCAGAGCAAGGAUCUGCGAUUGGCCCUGGUGGUUUACCAGAGAAGGCUGGAUGAGAUUGUAGCUGAAGAUCCUGUGCCGGAUGUACUUGCUGUCGCUACGGCAUUGGUGAGGGUGGAGGGUGCGGCGGCGGCACUUGGGUGGGAUAUCAAGGCACAGUAUCUACGCACGGGUAAAGUGAUUAUGGAGGAUGGCGAGGAGGUCGAGGUGGAAAUGGAGGAGCUUGCUGCAGAGGAUGAGCGAGGGGAAUAUGCCCCAGAGAUUGUUGAGCUGGAUGGUGAAGGCCGCCAGAAGGAUCUUGUCUCGUGGUCCGAAUAAAGGACGAGACAAACUAACGACAUGUAAUGUUAUAUGUUAUGUAGCUUUAUGAAUUUACGAAACCUGCACAGAGGGACAGAGACCAGUAGUUUUUAUGAAAUUUCUUUUUUAAU